AUGACGGGCUUCCUUCGGACACUGUACAACUCGUACAGCUUGUUGCUCGUGGGCGUUAUAUUAUCGAACUACGUCGAUGUCGCAGCCUCUCGUGUGGUCGCGAAAAGACAAUCUCAGACAUCUGGUCGCCAACGCACGUCACUCAAUGCUGACUGGCGUUUUGAGCGCUUCACCUCGGAUCCAGAUGGCCUGAGCUACGAGGGCCUGAGGCCGUGGAUUUUGCCUUGUGCGAACGACUUCAUCACCGGACAAAAGUACGAGCGGCCAUCUGCUCCUGCUCCAGGCGCCAAUAUCAGCUAUGUCUCUUCCAGUUUCGAUGACGCAGAGUGGGAGGCUGUCGCCCUUCCUCACGACUGGGCCAUUUCCGGCACCUUUGAUGCCCCUGGCGUUGAUGGAGGUCUUGGUAAACUGCCAAUCAAUGGUAUCGGAUGGUACCGACGUACGCUCUCCAUGGAUGCCGAGACCCUACAGUCUGGGAAGUCUGUCUUUCUCGAUGUUGAUGGCGCCAUGUCGUAUGCUGCGGUAUGGUUGAACGGUCAACUCGUUGGUGGAUGGCCUUACGGUUACAACUCUUUCCGCCUCGACCUCACUCCAUAUGCCAAGACUGGAGACAACACUCUAGCUAUUCGUCUGGACAACAAGCUAGACUCGUCGCGUUGGUACCCAGGCGCUGGAAUCUAUCGCAACGUUUGGCUCGUCACGGUUAACCCAGUUCACGUUGGACAGUGGGGAACCUACGUCACUACCCCAAGCAUCUCAGACGCAGAAGCCACUGUUGAGAUAACAAUUGAGGUCGAAAACAAGGGUAACAGCAGCCAGCACGUUGAGGUAGUUACGGAAGUCUUUGAGCGUGAUGCAGCCUCCAAGCAAGCAACAGGCGAUGCUGUCGCAACAUUCUCAUCAGCGAACGCAGAUGUAGCAGGCCAUGCAAAGCAAUCAGUACAAGGAUCAGUCACCGUUGCAAAUCCCAAGCUCUGGGGACCACCACCCAGCCAGACACCGAACGAGUAUGUCGCUAUCUCUACCGUCUCGGUCGCGGGUCAGGCGGUGGACAGCUAUGAGACCGUCUUUGGCAUCCGCUCCGUUGGGUACGACCCUAACCAGGGUGUUCUCAUCAACGGUGAGCGUAUCUACAUUCAAGGGUCUUGCAACCAUCACGACUUGGGCGCUCUUGGAGCAGCAUUCAACACAAGAGCUGCAGAGCGUCAGAUCCAGAUUCUACAAGAGAUGGGCAACAACGCACUUCGAACGUCGCACAACCCACCCGCACCUGAAUUUCUCGACCUUGCCGACCAGUAUGGCCUUCUAGUUAUGGAUGAGAUCUUCGAUACUUGGAACUUCCCCAAGACUGAGAACGACUUCCAUCGCAUCUUCCAAGAAUGGCAUGAGCCAGACACUCGCUCAUUCAUUCGUCGUGACCGUAAUCACCCCUCUAUCAUCUCAUGGAGUGUGGGUAACGAGCUUCCCGAGCAAUCCAACUCCACCGGUACCGAGACUGGAAGGACACUCCAGAAUAUCGUCCGUGAAGAAGACUCAACGCGCCAAGUGACUAUCGGCAUGAAUGAGGCUGACGCCGACACGGAGAUUGCUGCCGUCAUCGAUAUCGUUGGUCUCAACUAUCAGGGUGAGGGCAAAGGAGACUCCUGGGUAGCAAGUUUCCCCGGUUUCAAAGAAGCCUUCCCAGAGAAGAUGAUCUGGAGUACUGAGUCAGCAUCUACCCUCAGCACCCGCGGCAAAUAUCUCUUCCCUGUUACUGCAAACAAGAGUGCUAUCGUCGGUGGCGGGCCAUUGGAAGGUGGAGAUCCAGAGACCAACAUCGUAAGCUCUUACGAUCUUUAUGCCCCAGAGUGGGCCGCAUCACCCGACAAGGUCUUUGAGCAGCAAGACAGGCACCCCUACGUUGCUGGCGAAUUUGUCUGGACUGGCUUCGAUUACAUCGGUGAGCCUACACCUUAUGCCAACGAAAGUCGUAGCUCCUACUUCGGCAUCAUCGAUCUCGCUGGUUUCAAGAAGGACCGCUUCUUCCUCUACCAAGCCCGCUGGCGACCAGACUUCCCGAUGGCACACAUCCUCCCACAUUGGACAUUUUCUGAAGACCGUAUCGGCGAGAUCACACCCGUCCAUGUCCACACAUCAGGUGACGAGGCGGAGCUGUUCGUCAACGGCAUCUCAGCUGGCCGCCAAUCCAAGGGUAAGUACGAUUACAGAAUCCGUUGGGAUGGGGUACAAUACCGCCCUGGAAAUAUCAGCGUUGUCGCAUACAAGAACGGCGAGGAAUGGGCUAGGGCAUCGCAGUUCACAGCUGGUUCCGCUACGACACUCAACGUGACUGCAGACCGCACAACGAUCGCUGGUGAUGGCUAUGAUCUCUCGUUCAUUACUGUGUCUGUGCUCGAUGAGAACGGUAUCGUGGUUCCUGAUGCGGCCGACGAGAUUAAUUUCGAGGUCACGUCUGGGCAGGGCGUUAUUGUUGCUACAGACAACGGUGAUCCAACAGAUAUGAGGCCGUUCCCAGAAUCGACGAGGAAUGCCUUUAGCGGAAUGGCGUUAGCUAUUGUAAGGAGCGAAGCGGGUGCUAGUGGAGAGAUUGUUGUUGAGGCAAAGGCCGAGGGACUAGAAGGUGCCAGAGUGGUGCUCACCGCUAGCUAG